UCCCAACUGCCGUCUCGCUCGGCGACCAAAGAAAGAUUGGACACGCGGGGCCCGGCGGGGGCGGCAGCGCAGAAGGUUUCCGCGAAGGGAGAGUCAAGGCCAAGGGGGCAGCGGCCCGGCCGCGGACCCCGUUCGUCCGCCUCUGCUCUGCCCCGCAUUUCCCGCUUGCUAUAUAGCUCCCCGUCCGGCCCUCCCUUGCCGCCACCGCGGAGACGCGCCAUGUGCUAGCUCUGCUCGCCCGGUCCAAGCCUAACCGAUCCGCAGCUCACGAGACUGCCCCGUACGGCCGAGUGCAGGAGCUCUCCCGCUAGUCUUCGGCAACUGAAAUCCGCGGGCGGGUCUAGCGAGCGCGAGGGGUCCAUUGGAGAGGCCGCAGCAAGAGGUUGGAGCGGGCGGGGAGGGGAUAGGAAGCCAAGGGAGGAGGAAGGCGAGAGACGAGAAGGGAAGGAGUUUUGGUGGGAGAGGCGGAGUAAGCUUUCGCCCUGAAUUUUAGUAAGGGGUUGAGGCGCGUGGAGCAAGCAAGAGAGGAGCGGAGAUGGUGGUGCUGAAGCAGAGGAGGGUGUCGGGAGAGGCAAUAACAACUUGCAACUGUUUGCCAAAGAAAAACAAGUUGCAACUGAGAGCUUCGCUAGGAUGAUGCUGAUAGGCGCCGUUGCUGUGCUGGUGCAGGUGUUCUGGCCCAAGAUCGUGCUCAAGAAGUGGCUCAACCUCAAGAGCAAGGACUUGGACUUCGGCGCCGACGAGGACGAGGACGACGGCAGCGACAUUGACGACCAAGAGAACUGCGGCUGCGACAACGGCGACGGCGCUCGCCGGCCGGCAGACGGCGGCGUUCAGAUCACCGAUGAGAUCCUGGAGAGCGCGCCGUACAAGCUGAGGCGGACGAACUCAGAGACCCUGCGCGCGCAGUACAUUAACACCAAGGAGCUGAGGGUCUGCGUCGGCACCUGGAACGCCGGCGGCAGGGCCCCGCCGGAGGACCUCGACAUCGCCGAGUGGCUCGGCACCGGCGGCGACGCCGAGCCCGCCGACAUCUACGUGCUCGGGUUCCAAGAAGUGGUGCCGCUGAACGCCGGCAACGUGUUCGGCGCGGAGGACGGCCGGCCGGCGCUGGCGUGGGAGUCCGUGAUCCGCGGCGCGCUCAGGCGGGCCCAGCCGUCGAAGCCCAAGUACAGGUUUUACAGCAACCCGCCCUCGCCGUCGCGGUUCGACCCGCCGGUCGACGCCGCGGCCGCCGCCGGCGAGCUCCUUCCCGGCACAGACACCGAGACCGACACCGAUGACGACGCGCCGUUCGGCUUCCCCGUGCGGCCGGAGCAGUACGCCGCGGCGACCCCGAGGAAGCUGAGCAGGCUCAACCACUUCAGCGUCGUGGAUGACUCGGAGGUCAACGGCGACGAACCUGACGAGCUCGAUCAGGAGCCGCAGCCGGGUGCUCCGCAGCGGACGCUUCUGAGGUCGCUGAGCAGGGCGGACAGGGUCGGGCUGGUCUGGCCGGAGCAGCCGCUGGACCUGAUGCCCGCGCGCGCCCUGAACGCCGCGUCGUCGGCGUCGUUCAAGACGUCCAAGUCGUUCAAGGCCUACAAGUCGUUCAGGGGGUCGUCCCGCGUCGCCGACGCGCCGGCGGACGAUCUGCCAAUGAUUCCCGACCUCGACGGCGCGCUGCGCAAGAAGAGCCAGUCGCCGUUCGUGAGGAUCGUGAGCAAGCAGAUGGUGGGCAUCUUCCUGACGGUCUGGGUGAGGAGGGGCCUCAGGAAGUGCGUCCAGAACCUCAAGGUCUCCACCGUCGGCGUCGGCGCCAUGGGCUACAUCGGCAACAAGGGAGCCGUGUCAGUGAGCAUGUCCAUCUACCAGACCAUGUUCUGCUUCGUGUGCAGCCACCUCACCGCCGGCGAGAAGCCCGGCGACGUCCACAAGCGGAACGCCGACGUGCAUGAGAUCCAUCGGCGGACGCGUUUCCCUGCCCCGGGUGACCAGAAGCUGCUCAGAGACAUUCACGACCAUGAUCGGAUCUUCUGGCUGGGUGAUCUGAACUACCGCCUCGACGUGUCGUACGAGAGAGCCCACGAGCUGAUCUCGACGACGAGCUGGUCCAAGCUAGCCGAGAUGGAUCAGCUGAAGUGCGAGCUGAAGAAGGGCCGGGCGUUCGACGGAUGGACGGAGGGCGUUCUCGAGUUCGCGCCGACCUACAAGUACGCGCUGAGCUCCGGGAAGUACAUCGGCGACGAGCACAAGGGCGGGCGGCGGACCCCGGCGUGGUGCGACCGGGUGCUGUCGUACGGGAAGGGGCUGCGGCUGCUGAGCUACCGGCGGUCGGAGCAGGCGCUGUCGGACCACCGGCCGGUGACGGCCACGUACGCGGCGGAGGUGGAGGUGUUCUGCAGCCGGAAGCUGCAGAAGGCGCUGACGCUGACGGACGCCGAGGUGGAGGGCGGGCAGGUCGUGCCAGACCUCGAUUUUUGACGGGGGUUCGGAGCCACCGUUCCGGGUUGGGUGAUGUUAUUAAAUACGACUAACUGUUAUAACUGUUGUAUCAUCGUACAUAUCCACUGAAAAUAUAGAUAAUAAUAUUUUAGAAUAAAAUAAAAUAUUUUAGAAUAAAAUAAAAUAUUUUAGAAUAAAUAAAAGAUUAGGGAUAACAAUGGUUCAAAUAUUUUUAUCUUAUUUUAAAAUAUUUUAUUUUAUUCUAAAAUAUUAUUAUUUCCAGUGAACAUGUACGAUGAUACAGCGGCUGGUCACACGUGCUAUGAAUAACAUCUUUUCCGGUUAGAGGUGCCUGCGGGAAGUUCAGAACUUUCUGAAGGCUAACGAACGCACGGUGCCAGACUGCCUGCUCCAUGCUGAUCGUUCAGGAUAACCGGGAGAGCUUGCGACUGCUCCUUGUGUUUUGGGCGAAAUGGUCGUGUAAAUACGGGUAUGAGUAGCUGUGAUCCUCUGACCAUAUUGGCAAAUUGCUGUAACUUGUAAGCCUCUGAAUGCAUCGGCUGAUCGCGUGUAUCUCCAUCGAAGCAUGAGGGGAAUGGUAGUCUGCUUCAAAAUGCCAGUUAUCUCUAA